AUGUCAAAAGAGGUCGACCCGCUGCUCAAAUUCGAGCACCAGUUCCAGUCGUUUGUGAGGAACAACCCCAACGUGGCGUCUGCUGCGCAUAGUGCGUCGCAGAUUCCAGAAUCUGCAAAAGCGGUAGUGGUGCUAUCCCCUCUGUCGCUUCAGCACCAGUUUCCGCGGUACUGGGUGUCCAAGUCCUAUAAGAAAACGAUUGUCGAGCGGCCCGAGAGGCUGUUAGCGUGCUCAAUGGGUAUAGGCGCGGCCAUCACUAUGUACCCGGCGCUGUUCACGCUAAAAUCGUCGCACAAGCGAAAGACUUCUCUGCUCUCGGAUCAUGUGCUGAAGGUGCACGGCAGUGACUGGCCACAAGAGCUUUUGAAGCUCUGCAAAAACUCGCAGAAGGCACUGGACCAGUGCCAGGUCGAGGUUCCGGAGUCUUGGAACGUCGGCGACAUCUACUUGUCCAGGCAGACCAUCAGCGCCUUGGAGGGCUCAAUUGGCGCGCUUGAGACCGGCGUGGACUCCAUAUUCCACGGGCCUUCAGUCGAGCAGACCAGCAACCGUGCAUUCGUGGCGCUGAGACCACCAGGCCAUCACUCUCACGCCUCCACACCCUCGGGGUUCUGCUUGCUGAACAACGCGCACAUCGCCAUCGAAUACGCCGCAGACACAUACGGCGUAACGCACGCGGUCGUGCUGGAUUUCGAUUUGCAUCAUGGCGACGGGACCCAGGACAUUUGUUGGAAGAGAGCAGGCUUCAAACCCGAUGGAUGCGACGACGGCGGCUCCGAGUAUAACGAGUUCGGCAAGAAGUUUGCGGAGUUCCCUAAAGUCGGGUAUUUCUCGCUGCACGACAUCAACUCGUUCCCAACCGAGCUGGGCUACGCCACGAAAGAAAACGUCAGAAAUGCGGCCACCUGCAUCAUGGACGCACACGAUGUGAACAUCUGGAAUGUUCACCUGCAGUCGUAUGACUCUGACGAAGCCUUCACCAAACUAUACCAAACGAAGUACCGGACCCUGUUUGCGAAAGCAGACGAGUACUUUAGAACUGCCAAACAGAACAUGAGGGCACUGGGCAAGCCCUUCAAGGGCCUGGUCGUGAUCAGCGCCGGGUUCGAUGCCUCAGAGUACGAGCAGCCAUCAAUGCAGAGACACGCUGUGAACGUGCCCACGUUCUUUUACAAUCUGUUCACGAAGGACGCUCUGAAGCUCGCCCAAAUGCAUUCGCAUGGCAAACUACUGUCGGUGCUCGAGGGGGGCUACUCCGACGGGGCGAUCUCCUCUGGCGUAUUCGCUCAUUUGAUCGGCUUACAAAACCAGAACUGGAUCAAUGAGUGGGGCUCUGCGCAGGUGGUGAAGGAGAUUGUGCGCGGGUGCAAACCGCAAUGGAAGCCUUACAAGACCAAACGCGCGAGAGACGUGAUCCGAAUCUGGGCCGAAGAGGUGAUCAAACUGGGGAGGGCUAUGAUCCCCGAGUUUGAGCAGGUCUUGUUUGAGCCCGAGCUCGUGGAGCCCAAGGCCGAGACCUCCAAGCGCAUCACAAGAUCUAGAAGGGCUCCUGCUGCCGCGUCCAUAGCCGUUGUCAAAACGCCGCCCACGCUGCCCCGCAGCGAAACGCCGACGCCCAACGACAAGCGCUACAUACAGAAGCUGGAGACCGCGGACGUCGAAACCGUACCGUUUGUGGAGCAGGACCUGCCCAGCGACAACGAAGACGAGGACGACGAGGAUUAUGUAUACGACGAGGAGCUCAAUAAGACAUUCAACCGCACGGUGGAGGACAUUACUAUUGACGAUAUUUCCAGGCACCUGGAGACCCUGGAGAUAGAACCCGAGGCGCUCGACGACGCGCCUCCGCGCACUGCGUCUAGUUCAGGGACCAGGGCCAGCUCCCGCAAUGCCGACUCCGAGGCCGCGGCAGCAGCGGCGGCCGGCGCGCCGCAGGAGCGCCGUCCGCUCUCGUCAUCCAGCGGAGGCUACAAGAUACCUUCAGGGUCCACCACACGCCAUCUGCGCAACACGCGGGCAUCGCGCCUGAUGAACUUCGACGACAGCGAUAUCUCGAUGAUCUCGCAUGUGUCACCGACAAAGGGCCGCUCUACACGCAGCGGCCAGACCAAGUGGUAG